AUGGCAGAUGCACAUGCUAUUUUUGCUCAGGAUCAAGGUAGAACAUUCAAUCUUGAGUAUGCAUGGCGAUUGUUAAAAGAUGAAGUUAAAUGGCGCAUCGUCGAAGAAUCGAUUGGAAGUUCUGCAAAAAUAACAAAGACUUAUGCUAGUGGGGCAUCAUCGGAGAAUCCAGAUACAACUUCAAAUUAUGAGUUUAACUCAUCAUCACCAAUGGAGCGUCCAAUGGGACAAAAAGCAACAAAAAGGAAGGGUAAGGCAUCAGAAAUUCCAAAUGCAACACAAGAUGCAAAGAAUAAAAGAGCAAUAACAAUGGACAGACUUGCGCAAGCUAAGGAGGACGAGCUAGAAUUAAGGGUAGUGCAAAUGAUGAUGAAAGACACUUCUACUAUAAUGAGAUAUUCAUGA